GCGAGAGCAGGCGCCUUUUCGCUGCCUGUGGCAUAGCGCGCGCGCGCCACUAGCUCCUCUAUACGAAGACCGUCGCGCGGAGGCUGCAGGCAUUCAAAGUCGGUCCGGCAUCCGCAGACGGUCGAUGACCAGGCACCGCUGCUGGGAAUGAGAGAGCGUCCGUUCGAGCAUCUGGAGCAUUGACGCCCUGAGUUCGUUUGGUGCCAUCGAGGCCUCCGGUCUUGAUUGGCCAAGCCUUCGGGGUCUGUGUCGGGAGACACAGACUCGUGACGCAGGUUGCCUUGUGCGGGGUGAGGGACGAUUGGCUCGAGAGGUGAAGUCGUCGAUUGGUGUAGAAAUCCGCAACCAUGGGAGUUGGAUCGAACCAAUAUGACGAGCUGGACCACCCUCGCAUGGGAGCGGUCCGUGAGGAAUCCUUGAGAGAUCCGUUACUUGUGAAGCACGAGCUUGGCAAAGUCAAGAGAUCCACUUUUGACUUACCUGACAAAAGCUUCAUAUAUGGGUAUUGCAAUGAACGGAAUCCUGAAGGUGUCAAAGAUGUCAUUCAGCACCCCGACAACGAGCCCAAUAUUGAAGCUUCUCUACUUGGGGCUAACUGGAUUGCCAUGAACAAGCUUGCCACAAAGAAGAAUUGUGCAACCUCUCCAGAAGUUAGGAAGUGUCGAGAAGCUAACUACAUCCGGCUACUUCCGAGGACAAAGCUAGCUAAUCGCUUCAAACUACCUUCGGAGAUCAACCCGAACCACGUAUACGGCAUUCAGGGAGUCAGAGAUAUCCCAAUGGAGAACAUCAUGACACAAGCCAAUGCCAACGAGUGGAUUGAGAUGAAUCGCUACCUUAAAUCCAUUCAUCCCGAGCCUUUUGGUUACGUUCCUCCAUCAUUGGUGGUUCAACCUACACAUGCAUCUCUGCUCAGAGUUGAGGCUGCGAAGAAAUUGAGAAGAAAACCAGUCACCAAAGAGAGGUUUACGAUGAAGAAGUUCCAAAACGUUCCAAAGCGUAUUGAUGAUAAGAACACAACUUCACUUCUUAGAGACCAUCCGGAGUUUUUUUACAACGGACGAGACCGCAAAUGGCAGGACGUAGCGUAGGUGAGCUCACAGAAUAUGUGCAAGUUGUCAUGUGGAGUGUAUCUUUCCUGCUAAUGGUUGCUGUAAGUCCAAGACAGAUUUCCUCUUUUUCUCAUGGUAGGACUUAAAAAAAUAAUCUUCAAGACUGAGAAAAGCUGAGCCCUGGCGGUUCGUAGAGGUCAUGUGCAUUCACAGAUGACAGGUAGGCUGGGUUAUGGCUACCGCCGCCGUCAUGAAUAAAAGAGUGCCACAAUAUUGCAACAGAGCAGCAUGUCCACCCAAGGACAUUAGUCUAAUUGGGGUAAAUCCGAAAUUAUUGUGCUUGAGUACAUGGGAAAAAACCCAUCGAAAGCAGGCAUUAAUGGAGAUUUUGGUGUGGGUGUAAAACAUAGGCUAUCUGGACAAGAAGCCCAAAAGACAUGUGGAUAUUGACCUUUUUGUGGGGAUAAGCCCCCAAUUAUUACCCGCGCUCUUGCCGACUAGUAUGAUAACAUCGACUCACUCUACUGCUGGUCUUAUUUGACUUUCCAGAUUACUCAAGAGUCUCAUCAAUGUUGAUGGCAUGAGCAAUAUCAAGAUUCCAAAUUUCAUUCACCUUCUAUUAAUUUGGUGUAAAGAGUUUGAUAUGACCUUGUAGUCGAGCAAACUGCCUAGUUCAACCAAUUUUUUGCAGUUCAGUAGGAUACAUCGAACUUCAAGCGUGAAGCAAAAUCACCUGAAGUUUAACAAGCUAGUUUGAUAUAGAGUAGUCUCCCGUUUCCCAAUUACGCAACUUGAACCUAGGAGGAUUUAGCCUACUUAACGAGUAGGUGUUUAUUUUAGACGAAUCUCUUCCUUAUAAUUUGAUUCGGCUGCAACCGGAAAUGCCUAAAUGAGUCCAGCGAUGCAAUAUACUAAAGAAGUUGAGAAACACGGAUGCUCCCAAUAGGCUCUCUAGCGCUAGAAAAGUAUGUUAGUGAAACAACUUUAAGAAAUUUGUGAUACAAGUGGGAGCAAAUCCUAGAGAGAUUUUUGUAAUAUUUGAUGAAGUUAAAGAGAAGAUUUCACUGCUC